AUGUGGUGCGGGCACGAGCUAGCUAGCGUGGUGGAUUGUUGUCUUUCAGUCAAUAGUGAGACCUCAACAUGGCUUCUGGAAACGACAGGGUAGCGGGUCUGUCGCCCCAAGCUGAGGUAGCAGCUCGGGCUUUUGUGCAGUUAUUGACCCGGGAGCUGUCCUCGGCCCCAAGCGCAACGAGAGAGAGUACAGUAGUCAGGGCUGGAGGCAGUGCUGCUCCUCUGCCGGGUAGCGAUGCUAGGGUGAGACAGGCUAUGAGAAGGCAGUUCCCGAGUAUGUUUAAUAAAGAUCAGCCAAGAGGAAAAAGACGAUUCUCGACACCUGCCGCUUGCAUUGUAAAAAGGACAGACUUUCACAUUUAUGUCCUUUCGGAACCCAGUCAGUUCACACCAAAGGGCUCAGAAGAGCUAGAACUUGCCCAUGCUGGCCUUGGGAAGAGGAUUUUGAGUAUACCAGACCACUUGAAACAUGAUGAGAUUGUAGCUCUACUUGAAGAGGAAUAUCCUAAACUUAAGACCUUACAAGGAGGUUGGAUGUUUUUCAAGUCUACAGGUGGUAGCGGACGUCGCAAGCUGUCAAUAAUUCCAACUGACGCUGAGGGUUACUCCACAAGGCUUCUUAAAUCAGCAUCCAACAAUGGGAAAAACAUUGUAUUUGUAGUUCCACUACAGGAGAAGCUUUCUACUGAACCACUUUCCUAUGAUUCAGUAGAGUUCGCCAAGAUGCCACAGUCCAAAUGCAUUACAUGUGGCAGUCAAAUGCCUUUGCAGCUGUUGCCGUUGCAUGUGGAGGGAUGCAAUGGCACAUUGACUGAGAGUGAAUCUGGAACAUCUCUUGAUGAAGAUUGUUCAGUUGUUGAGCAGCCAGUCCCAUCUACCACAGGCAUGGAUGAAUCCUUGACGGUCUGCCCAAUCUGUCUUGCAUCGUACUCAGCUGAUGUUCUCCCAUAUCAUGCAAGCACAUGUGGUGACAGAAUGAACUGUGCUCAACCCAGCAUAGCAGCCAGUCCCUCAAGGGGAGAAGAAUUGCCCGGACCCUCAAGGGGAGAAGAAUUUCCAGGACCUUCAAGGGGAGAAGAAUUGCCAGGGACCUCAGUUCCACAAUCGUCAGCAGCUUCAACCUGGGCCACUGAAGUCGACCCGCAAAAAGCAUGCCAGUUGUUUAGAGAAGAUUUGCUGAACCGUUAUUCUGAAAGUCCACGCCUCUCUCUAUCACUCGACAUGUUUGAUGCAGAAGAAGAACAGGACAGUGCAUUGAUUUCCUUCUAUAAGAAGAAUAAUGUGAACUGGGCAGCUCCAUUCAAGUGCAGGCUGAGAGGAGAUGCAGCAGUGGGUGAUGGUGUCAACAGACAUGUUUUGUCGAUGACCAUGCAGAAAUUGAAAACUGGCUUCAGAAUAAAUUUAGGCUCUGCUGCUACUACAACCCUUUUUGAGGGGGAUAAAGAACAUAGGGUUCCCUCAGCAACUGCUGUCCUGCGGGAAAGCAACCUAUUUGAGAUGGCAGGCCGUAUGAUCGGCCAUUCUUUCCUGCAUGGUGGGUCCAGCUUCUCUGGACUCAGUUUGCCUGUGGUGACCCUAUUGACUGGUGAAAGCAUUGACACUGCAGCAUCAGCUCUGACACUAGAGGACUGUCCUGAUAUUGACCAUCGUGAAACAAUUGGUUUGCUGAAGAAUGCUGAACUUACUGCAGAAGAAAACACCAAAGUGACUGAUCUUUGCCUGUUCUGGGAUCUUCCAUUUCCAACCUCCACCAAUCGUGUCUGGUUGUUCCAGGAAUUGCUUUCACAUGCAGUACUUCACCGCGUUAAACAGCCAAUUAAACAAAUACGGAAAGGCCUUAAACAAACAGGAAUCUGGCCACUUCUUUCAAAGAGGGCAGAUGUCCACCCCAUAAUUUUCCCAAGGGAGUCAAGGGAGGAGCUUAACCCACAGACCGUGAUCCAGAGCAUUACCUGGCCACAACCCAACCUUGACAGCGACGAGGAUGAGGACGACAUUGUUCCAUUGGAGAAAAUCAGUCUUGUCACUGGAUUUUUGAGAAAAUUCAUAGAGGAAGCGUCACCAGAUGUGCUGCGUGACCUGAUGAAGUUUUGGGUGGGGUGGGAACUGCCAACAAGAGAACUCAAUGUUGCGGUUGUGACCUCUACUUAUCCAGUGGCUCACACCUGCUUCUACAAGUUGAAGCUCCCCAGCCACUACCAGACCUACAAGAUUUUUCACCAGGACUUGAUUAUGGCCCUCAGUUCUGUAAGUUCUGGCUUUGGACUUGUGUAGGUGCAAAUGUCAUCAACUUCUAGCACUCAGUUCCUCUUUUGAAAUGGAAUCACUUAGAGUAAUUCCUGAAAAUUUUUGCACCAUUAAUGGUACAAAGUUUGAUUAUUCUACUUGAUUGUCAGGCACCACAUUCACCUCUCAAUAGAUACUGUUUUGGUGAUUUGUUUUUAGCCUGUUUUUUUUUUAUUUGCACUAGUUUUUUUAUUUUCAUGUUCUUAAUCUAGCUGCCAGUGUCUAGUUUAUUAACCGCAGACUUCCAUAGACAUUUAGUUGUAAUUAUUGAACAAUUUAUACAGCUAGUACAUGUUUAAUACAUUCAGAUAAUUAGGUAGAUACCAGUUUCUGUAAUGUUACUGUUGCCCUUUUAGAGGCAAUGUUCUAAGAAUGUUGGUUUUGUAAAGCCGAUUUGUCUAAAUUUGUUACCCCUUUACAGUGAUGUGUGUAAAUACAACUGUACUUCUACAUUUGAUACAUUUACACAAGCCUUCACAGAAUGUUAUGUUCCAUUGAACAAUAUUAAAGGUUUUAAACAUUCAGAUAAUUAGGUAGAUUCCAGUUUCUGCAAUGUUACUGUUUUACAGGCAAUGUUUUAAAAAUGUUGGUUUUGUAAAGCCGAUUUGUCUGAAUUUGUUACCCCUUUACAGUGAUGUGUGUAAAUACAACUGUACUACUACAUUUGAUACAUUUACACAAGCCUUCACAGAAUGUUAUGUUCCAUUGAACAAUAUUAAAGGUUUUAAACAUUCAGAUAAUUAGGUAGAUUCCAGUUUCUGCAAUGUUACUGUUUUACAGGCAAUGUUUUAAAAAUGUUGGUUUUGUAAAGCCGAUUUGUAUGAAUUUGUUACCCCUUUACAGUGAUGUGUGUAAAUACAACUGUACUACUACAUUUGAUACAUUUACACAAGACUUCACAGAAUGUUGUGUUCCAUUGAACAAUA